CCCCUUAAAAACUGUAACACCAUAACACCUGCAACAUAACUCUUUAGCAACACUUCCUCUUCCUCUCCCUCCUCCAAAACUCCCCAUUCCUAGGGAAGUGUGCAAUGGCCACUGUUACUGCCACCGCCGCGACCGCCGCCGUUGUUCGCGCCGCAGCCGUCCCCAGGGCGCCGGCCGCCACCUCCUCCUCGCCCGUCUUGGGGUUACCCCAGAUCAGAAUGAGAGGCGGGAGAGUGAAGUGCUCGGCGAGGGACGAGAAAGCCAGAGUCGGGACCGAGGGCGGCGCGGCGGCGCUGGCGGCAGCGGCCGCGGGGGUGGCGGUGACUGCGGCGGGACCGGCCCUGGCGCUGGUCGACGAGCGGCUGACCACAGAGGGGACCGGGCUGAGCCUCGGGAUCAGCAACAACCUGCUGGGGUGGAUCCUUCUUGGUGUGUUUGGGGUCAUCUGGGCCCUCUACUUUGUGUACACCUCCACCCUUGAAGAGGAUGAGGAAUCUGGUGGGCUCUCACUCUGAAAAAACACACAAGAAUCAAAGAGACCCUCUCUCUCUCUCUCUCUCUCUCUCUCUCUCUCUUUUUGAAUUAUGUAUGUAGAACAUCUGUGAUGAAAAUUUAAGAAUGUUGUUGCUUCUUGUUGACUGCUUUAAGCAUAAUUUAUUAGCUAUUUUAUGGUUAC